AUGGCUGAAGAGUUUGACACUAGUUUAAUCGGAAAUACAGCUUUUGUGCGGGACGAUAAUAACAAUAAAGUUUACGUGUUAAGCGGAUCAACUUUCUUUAGUGUAGACAUUGACAAAUUGGUAAUUGAAAAAAGAUUACAAGAAACUAAUGCAAAUAUCAAUAAUCUAACUGCCAUAUCAGCUGCUGCACUUAUUAUUUCAGCAAUUUAUUUGAUUGUGAAAUAUAACCGAAGGAAAAAUAAAAAUGUUGUCACCCCCGUGAAUCCUGAAAAUAGUAGAAAUGAUGAUGAAAAAGUAGUAGUGAUUGGAAUUCAUGACAGUGACAAUGAUAAUACUUCAAAAGGUAUCAAAGAUACAAACGACAUCAAAGAUACAAACGACAUCAUAAAAACAAAUGCCGUCAAAGAUGCAGAUGAAAAAGAUAUCAAAGAAUGA